ACGGCGUGGAUAAAGCAAGAUGGCGUCUGACGCUGAAGACGUUAUUGCAGUCGUCACAGUUCAGUGUUCUUAAUCUGUGCCUCCAUGUACACAUAUAUGUCCUUUAUUAGACUCUAUUAAAUAGCGUAAACAUCGUUAAUAACUGUUUGCAUCCGGUUAUAUUAGUCUGAGCGCACUUCGAUGUUUCUCGAGCUAGUUUGCUUGCUAGUUAGCUUAGCUUGUUAGCUGCUAACAAAGAGAGGCGGAAGUGAUCAAAACACAUCGCUAAGUAGAGAUCAAGUGUGAGUGUAAAGUGUUGUGAUUGUGUGAAAAUGUGCGAAAGAACGAUAGCAGAGUACGAAGAGGAACUUUGUCCAACAAAAGAGGAGAAGGAGCGACAACAACAAAAACAUCAAGUUGUGUUACACAGAACAGACAUCCAUCAGCUGAUUGAACACCAAGAAGAAUGUCUCCCUCAUCUGCAGGGGGACAGUUUCACUUUAGAGUAUCCACAGCCCCUCUUUUUUAAAGAGGAAGAGGGGGGAGAGUGUCCUGUAGGGCAGGAGGAGGCUGAUCUCAGCAAGUUUCCACUGACUGUUGUCUCUGUGAAGACUGAAGAGCAUGAAGACAAACCACCUGAGUCCUCACAGCUUCAUCACAGUCCAAACGUCCAGCAGUCCCCUCACAUUAAAGAGGAAGAGGAGGAAGUGUGGAUCACUCAGGAGGAAGAGUGUCUUCUAGGGCAGGAGGAGGCGGAUCUCAGCAAGUUUCCACUGACUGUUGUCUCGGUGAAGACUGAAGAGCAUGAAGACAAACCACCUGAGUCCUCACAGCUUCAUCACAGUCCAAACGUCCAGCAGGUGUCAGCAGAGAGUCAAGAAGAGAUUCCCUCCAAGCAGCAGGAGUGGAGCUCCAGUGUGGGACAGAAGGAGCUACAGGCCCCCUCCCACAUUAAAGAGGAGCAGCUUCAUGAUGAAGAUGAAGCUCAGUCCUUACAGCUUCAUCACAGUCAAAGUGAGAAGUACAGAGGAGCGGAGCUUGGGCACGAUGGUGGUGGUCUUGAAGCAGGUGGGCACAACAUCUUGUGCAAGUGACGAGUUGUACAUGUCAGCAAGUACGUCAGCCAGCUCUGAUGAACACACCCUGAGGGCCUGGCCAGGGAUGUUGUCUGGGCCGGCUGCCUUCCGUGGGUUUGGUGUCCUCAGAACUGUACGUACCUCUGCUGUUUAAUAUAUAUUAAGUACAUUUUUAGUGUAUGAAUAUUAAAUAAAUGUUUGAUGCAUAAAUAUUAAAUACAUGUUUAGUGUAUAAAUUAAAUAUUUUUUUUGUGUAUACAUAUUUGAUACAUGUUUGGUGGAUGAAUAUCAAUUUCAUGUUUAGUGUAUGAAUAAUAAAUACAUGUUUGGUGUAUGAAUAUAAGUGAAUGAGAAACCUAACUUAUGUAUAAAAAUACAAUAAAAUACAAAAAAAAAAAAAAGGAAAAACGCUGAUAGGGCUGGGCGGUAAAAUGAUAAAUAUUUAUCGCAAAACAUAAAUUUAAAAAAAUUAAAAAUUCCGAAAAAAUCCCCAAAGUGCUGAGCCGUUAAACUAUGUCAAUAUAUAGAAUGACACAUAGAGAGAAAAAUAGAAAAAUAUGGAAAAAAAGCCAAUAUGGCUGGGCGAUUAAACGAUGUCACUAUAUUUUGCAAAAGACAUCAAAUCGAAAUCAAAUUAAAAAAAAAAGUAAUUUGAAAAAAAAAAACAUGGAGCUGGGCUGUAAAAUAAUAUAAUAUAUAUAAUGAUGGACACAUCACUGAUGUUAAAAAAAUAGGAAAAUGGCCAAUAGGGCUGGCCGAUAAAACUAGACAAGGACUGAGAGUGCGGGGGAGAGAGGACCAGACUUUUGAAGAGGGAACGUGCGCCCUCCAGUGGAUUUUUGCCACAACUGCACACACAAACAAAUUCAUUAUUUCCAAGUGUGCCUUAUUUAGUGUCCCAGACUUGGCAUCGGGGGAAAAGUCAUCAUUAUUUCCGAGUGUCCCUUAUUUAGAGGAGCAGACUCAUGAAGAAACAAGUCUGGCUAUUGCCCAAGUGUCUUUUAAUGACAGCAAUGCACUCGGGACGGAAUGUGCGCCCUCCUGUGGACUUCUGCUGCAACUGCACACACAAAGAAAUUAAGUAUUUCCAAGUGUGCCUUAUUUAGUGUCCCAGACUUCCAAUUCCUCCUUUACAUGUGUAGUGUAUAAAUAUUCAUUAAACAACUGUUUAAUAUAUGAAUAUUAAAUGCUUGUUAAGUGUAUACAUAUUAAAUACCUGUUUAGCGUAUAAAUUACAUUUAUGUUUAGUGUAUAAUUAUUUAAUACAUGUUUGGUGGAUGAAUAUCAAAUUCAUGUUUAGUGUAUGAAUGACCAGACUUAUGAAGAGAGAAUGUGCGCCCUCCUGUGGACUUCUGCCACAAUUGCACACAAAGAAAUUAAUUCUUUCUGAGUGCACCUUAUUUAGAGAAUGAUAAAUACAUGUUUACUGAAUGAAUAUUAAAUAUAUGAUUAGUAUAUACAUAUUAAAUAUAUGUUUAGUAUAUGAUUAUUAAAUACAUGUUCAGUGUAUGAAUAUUAAAUAUGUGUUAAGUGUAUGAAUGUUAAAUACGUGUUUAGUGUAUAAAUAUUAAAUACAUGUUUAGUGUAUGAAUAUAAGUGGAUGAAGAACCUAACUUAGGUUAAAAAAAAUAAUAAUAAAAAAAUAAAAAAGGGCGAUAGGGCUGGGCGAUAAAACGAUAUCAAUAUUCAUCGCAAAACAUCAAUUGAAAAAUAAAUAUUCAGAAAAAAUCCCCAAAGGGCUGGGCUGUUAAACUAAACCACUAUUAAGCAUGACAAAUGGAAACAAAUAGAAAAAAAUGAAAAAAUGCCGAUAGAGCUGGGCGAUUAAACAAUGUCACCAUAUGUUGCAAAAGACAUAAAAUUGAAAUCAAUUAAAAAAACAGUAAUUUGAAAAAAAAAAACCCAUAGGGCUGGGCUGUAAAACAAUACUAUAUAUAAUGAUGGACACAUAACUUAUGUUAAAAAAAUAGGAAAAUGGCCAAUAGGGCUGGCCGAUAAAACUAGACACAUAUCUUAUGUAGGUGGGGGGGAAGGGGG